CAAAACGUCGCAGUCCAACUAUGGUUGCCAUCUACGUUACACUGACAAGAACAACUAUUACAAACUUUCUUUUUAUAAUCAUCAUAACUCAGUUCCCUAACCUAUCUCCCACCCCAAGUACUUCUUUAUAGAAAAGUAGUUUAAUGAACCGUAACAACCCAUUCUUUUUCUUUUUUUCUUUUUUUUUUGAAAACAAAUACUACCCCAGAUAGCUUCAAUUCACCGGUGGCUUGAGUUAAAUACUGAGACGUAAUCAUUUUCUGGUUUAUAUUUUGUCACUUUGACAAAUAACAACUUUGAUAUAAAGGCACGUCUGAUAUAUAGCUUGAUAUAUCCCAAUUACUUGUAUCACUAAAAAGUCCCCCAAGGCAAAGGACCCUUCUUCUCUUCUCUCUCUCUCUCUUUCUCUCUCUCUCCUCUCUCCAAAUCUCAAGACCCUUUUCAUACAUCGACUCAACCAAUCUGUAUAUAUAUAUAUAUAUAGUUUUACAUCACAUCUCUCCUGUUCAUUCUUCAGCAACAGUACUUGAGUCAUAUCAGAAGAACGAUUUACAGGAAAAUCCCAGAAACACAUUUGGGAUUUUGAUUUUGAUGGGAUCGAACAAGGAAAAGAGUACUGGUAGUACGAUUUUAACAAACGACAAGGAACAGAUUAGAUCAUAUACAACUCAGAAAGAAGUGGAGAAGAUUCUGAAGGUGACCAUAGCUUGUUUGGUGUCGUUUCUGGUAAGCUUGGGAGGAGGGCUUAUACUAGCUUGGUGGGAAUUUGAAUAUCAUCCUGACAAUAGACAGCUAUGGAUGGUGCCGUUUGGACUCAUUCUCCUCACUACCCCAGUCAUUGUUUGGGUCUCUUUGGUCUUUUCUGAUAUCUGUGGUCUUCAGAAUAUUACGAACGACAAUAUCUCAGGAGGAGCGGCUCAACCUCUUCCUCCACUCGGUGAUUCCUCUCGUGACCCUGAAAAAUGAUCAAGAGAGCCACCACAUGAUUGUCGUUUAUCUUUUCUUGUUUUUGUUGAAGAAGAAGGAAGAGAUUUUUGAUGUCAUGAAAUUUUAGGUAUAUAUAUUUGAGCUGUAUGAUUUAGUUCAAGAAGCUGGAGAAAAAAAAUGGUAUGUGAGUCAAUGCCAAUAUGAGACCAUAAGUUGAUGAUGUAUAAAAAAGAUUAAUUAUAGCUACUUCUACUUGUAAUGGGCUAUAGCUACUAUUAAUAAUGGAUAUCUUGCUUGUUGAUUGUGAAACUAAAAGAAUAAAAACUAAGGCCAAGAUAUACAAUAAUAUAUACAAGACUAAUGACCCAAUAAGUCAUUUUCAGAGUUUCUUUUCUUACCAAUUUAAAAAGUGAAGAGAAGUAGCUAGGGAUCCUAGUGUAGCGGUAAACAAAGGGUAAACAAAGGGACAAAUGUACUGAAACUGAUACAAUAUGAUAUGAAAUGCUGCCUUCCCCAGUUCGUGUUGUUCUAUAUAGACUCGGAAGCCUUCCCCAGUACGUGUCGUUCUAUAUAGACUCGGAUUUGUAGUUAUAUAAUAUGCAAUACUACGUGGCUUAUACUGCUCUGGCAACCAAGCAUGAAAUCAACGCCUUGCAUGUUACAUGAGCUUUAUAUACCAUUUUAUAAUGCAACUUUGUAAAAUGGUCUUUUUAUUAUAUGGCGCUGAGAAACUCUAACAGUGUUGAGGGAUGUUAGGGGUGUCUAGAAUGUUCUUUUGCAAAAAAAUUACUAUACAUGAUUUUGCCAAACACCCUUAUAUCUAUAUAUAUAUAUAUGAGCUAGGGAUGUUUGCGAACAAGUUGAUGUGGUUUUUUGCUAAUUUAUUGGAUCGCACCGCAUAUGUAUUUUGAGCAAUUUUCCAAACUGUACUCAUCUCGCGUAUAGACCUCAAACUGUGGGCAGUUAAAUUCUAUCGUCAAAUAUUAUAAUAAAAAUUUGUAACAAAGUUCACAACUAAAGAGUGUUCAACAAACAAACAUAAAGUUAACAGAAGUGAGCAAAUAAAACUAAACAACUAAGGUUGUGUUUGGAAAAAAAAUAUUUUCGAAUUUUUUAAACACAAAAAUAGAAAUAUUAUUAUUUUUUUUAUUUUUUAUUUUUUUAAAAAUAAAAUAUAUUUGGUAACUAUUUUUUACGUGCAUCAACAAAAUAAACGUCUCUCCAAGAACUGAGUUCUUUGCCCCAAGAACUUAGCUCUUCCCGAAUCCUUAAUUCCUUUUAGUCUUGUCCUUUGACAUGGUUUCCAUUAAUUGGAAAGGCUGAGAGUUUUUGGUGUUUUGUCGGUGAUUUUUGUCGGUGUGGGUUGCUAUGGCUUCUACGUCUGGUUCUGUUACGGAUUUGGCAGAGUAAUAUGCCCAGAUUACGUUGGAGGAGGAAGCUUCUACAGGGCUUGUGUACGAGGCGACUACGGAGGAAGAUGGAGUUGAUACCCAGUGGUGUUUGGUUGGAAGAUUCUUGACAGAUAGGGUAAUCAAUUUUGAAAUUAUGCAACAUAUGCUUCAUCUCUAUGGAGGCCGGGAAAAGGGAUGUUUGUAAAAGAAAUCAGUCACAGCCUCUAUUUGUUUCAAUUCUAUCAUGAAGUAGACAUCCAACGGGUCAUAGAUGGCAGUCCUUGGACGUUUAAUAUGAUGCAGUUGGUCUUCGCACGGUUGAAAUGAGGGGAAAAUCCUAAAGAAUUGAUCUUGAACAAGUUGGAUCUUUGGGUGCAAAUCCAUGACCUUCAGCCUGGGUUUAUGUCUGAACGGGUGGCCAAGGAUAUUGGCAACGCAAUUGGUACAUUUCUGGAGUCUGAUACAUCUAAUUUUAUAGGAGUUUGGAGAGACUUUUUUCGCAUUCGAGUGACCAUUGAUAUAGAGCAGCCUCUCAAACGGAAAAUGAAUAUUACCAAAUCGGGAUCAUCCGAAUUUUGGGUUCACUUCAAGUAUGAAAGGGUUCCAACCUUUUGUUUCAUUUGUGGAUUGAUAGGGCACUCUGAAAAAUUUUGUGACAGGUUGUUUCAUCCUCCCACAGAGACUAUAGAACGACCCUAUGGUGCUUGGAUGAGAGCUCCCCCCCGACGGCACAAUCACUUCAUUGGAGCUAAGUGGUUACGUUCUAGCCACACCUUUUCACCAGAUGAAGACAGCAAGAUCCCAAGGGUGGAACAAAGAACUCGGCCAAUAAAUAGAAUCACUAGGCCUCGCGAUGAAGUUGGUGUAUCAUUCAUGGAAGAGGAUGAGGGCGACAGCAGUGGUGGCACAGUGAGAAAGGGAAGGACUCUAACUUCAAGAUUAAGGCAGGAUUGUAAUCCGGUUCACAACCAAGGCAAAGAUAUUCAGAAGUAUAGUUCCCAAAUUCAUCAGUUAUGUGUGACAGAGACUAAACGGAGACGACAGGAUGAUCAGGGGUGCGACCCAGGGGCAAACACUAUGGCAGAAUGUGUUAACAGUGACGGAGGAUGGGUGAUAAUCCAAUCUGGGGUGGGCCUCGAUUUGGGGGCUCGCCUUCAACCAUGACUACCUUAAAUUGGAACUGUUGUGGGCUUGGGAACCCACGAACUAUUCGGUUCCUUAAGGAGAUUGUUUCUCAAAAGCGUCCCAAGUUCAUUUUUCUUUGUGAAACGUUGUGUUCUAAGGUCAAAAUUGAAGGUUUGGCUCGGUUAAUGGAUUAUGGAGGAGCUUUUUGGGUGGAGGCUCAAGGUCGUAGUGGUGGUCUAGCCCUCUUAUGGAAACAUAAGGACGAUUUGUCUAUUCUUAGUUUCUCCCAGCAUCAUAUUGAUUCCUUGGUUUGCUUACCAGGGUAUUGUCCUUAUCGUUUAACUGGUUUUUAUGGUGAGCCUAAUCGUACCAAAAGGCGAGUUACUUGGGACCUUCUUCGUAAGCUUAAAGCAGAUCGGAAUGAGCCUUGGUGUAUUAUUGGAGACUUUAACAAUGUUCUUAACAGUACUAAUAAGCAGGGAGGUAAUACUUAUCCAAGGUGGUUGAUUAGUGGUUUUCAACAAGUGGUUCAAGAUUGUGGAUUCAUCGAUUUGGACCUAUCUGGUCAUCAGUUCACCUGGGAAAGAGGCCGUGGUACGAGUGGUUGGAUGGAAGUUUGGCUAAAUCGGGCUUUGGUGUCUCAAGAUUGGAUUGAAGUUUUCUCGGAGGCUAAAUUAACGAAAUUAGGUGUUUCCUCUUCUGAUCAUAGCCCGCUGUUUUUGGAGCCUGUUAAGAGGUACACUUCGAGACCUAAGUUCAAAUUCAGAUUUGAGAAUUCUUGGAUUUCAGAAGCUAUGUGUCGCCAUUUAGUCCGGGAGAGUUGGAAGAAAGCUGCCAAGGCUGAUAUUCAUGGUAAGCUGCAACAUUGUAUCACUGUGUUAUCUUCCUGGGGUAGAGAGAAUACUGGUUAUUUCAAAAGAAAGCUGCAGCAAUAUCAAAUGGAACUUAACAGAUAUAAACAGAGAAGGGAUGGUGCUGGUCUUACUCGGUAUAAAGAAGCCUAUCAAAAACUAUUUUACACUCUUCAUCAGCAGGAUGUCUACUGGAGACAGCGGGCUAAACAAUAUUGGCUACAAUCAGGGGAUCAGAACAAUAAAUAUUUCCAUGCUAUGGCUAGUUGGAGGCGUCGGAAUAAUCAGUUGCAGCACUUGAAGAAUACUGAGGGGGUUUUGGUGGACUGGGAUUCAGGGCUUGACAAAUUAAUUCUGGAUUAUUUUGAUAACAUUUUCAAAGCUUCAUAUACUGAUUAGGGUGACCUUUUGGAGCUUAUUCAUCCGUGUAUAACUGAGGUUCAGAAUAUGGAGCUUCUUAAAGAGGUUACUAAAGAAGAGGUUAAACAGGUUGUCUUCCAAAUGCACCCUGAUAAGGCUCUGGGUCCUGAUGGUUUUAACCCAGCUUUUUACCAAAAUUAUUGGAGCAUAGUUGGCAAUGAUGUGGUAGUUGUGGUCCGUGAUUUCUUCACUGGCUCCUUCCUUGAAUGCCACGAACAUCGUCUUAAUUCCAAAGAAGAAACAGGUCGAAGUUAUGGGUGAUCUUUGCCCUAUCUCGCUUUGUAAUGUCCUUUAUAAAGUCAUUUCAAGGUGAUGGCCAACAGACUUAAACCUUUAUUGUCCAUUGUGAUUUCUGAUAAUCAAAGUGCAUUUAUCUCUAACAGGUUAAUCACUGACAAUAUUUUAAUUUCUUUCGAGGUUCUCCAUUAUUUGAAGCGAAAAUCUCAAGGAAAAGAUGGGUAUAUGGCUAUCAAGUUGGACAUGAGUAAAGCUUAUGAGCGAGUGGAGUGGUCUUACUUGGAAGCUAUGAUGACUAGACUGGGUUUCAGCUCCCGUUGGAUUCAGAUGAUUAUGCAAUGCAUCUACUCUGUUCAGUACACGGUGGUUACGGGGGAUAAAGAGUUGGGGCCUAUCUUUCCAUCUCGGGGUCUUAGGCAAGGGGACCCCAUUUCACCUUACCUAUUUCUCAUUUGUGCUG